AUGGAUGGAUGGGACGGAACGGACGGACGGACGACGGUGGAUGGACGGGCGCGGAUGAUGGAUAAUGCCAGAGGAAUUGGAUCUCAGUUGAAGGACAGUAUUCCAGUUUCUGAACUUUCAGCUAGUGGUCCUUUGGACCAUGAUAUUCUUCGGAGAGGGUAUUUUUUCUUCUGGUCAAAAAUGAACUUUUUGCCUAGCCAUCCUCUUGAAUUAUCAGAAAAAAAUUUCCAGCUCAAUCAGGAUAAAAUGAAUUUUCCCACUGAGAAUAUCCAAGGGCUAUAUGCUCCCUUGAAGUUACAGAUGGAAUUCAAGGCAGUGAAACAGGUCCAGCGUCUUCCAUUUCUUCAGAGCUCACACCUCUCCUUGGAUAUUUUGAGGGGUAAUGAUGAGAGUAUUGGAUUUGAAGAUAUUCUUAAUGAUCCAUCGCAGAGUGAAAUAAUGGGAGAACCACACAUGAUGGUGGAAUACAAACUUGGUUUACUGUAAGAGAAGUAUGUUGCUAAUGAAAAGAGGAACAGCAUCCUUUUUAUAAUUUUCUUUUUCUUAUGGUUUGAAGUGUAUAACAUUAAAGGUACUGAUAUUUACAUAAAUGCUCUUAUAGCUAAUAUGUACUAUCAGUAAUUUGAAUUUGUUUGGGUCCAUGUUUUACUGUUAAUGUAACCAUAUUAUUUUGAGUAAUUGGAUAUUGUAAAGUUUAUUUUUGUUGUAUAUUUAGAGAGGCAUCAUCAUAAGGUUCUUUCUGGCAUAAGACAGGUUUUCUAAUUAAUCUUAUAUUGAUAAAUCCUUUUUAGCAUUGAUGCCCAAUAGAGGCCACACCCUUUAAAAAUCGCUUAAAGAAAAUAAUUACCUUUUCGGGGACAAAAAGCCCUUCAAUUCCGUAACUUUAACGGGCUUUGCUGAGCAAAGGAAGAGACUGACAUCUCUCUUCUCUUGCUGUAUUUUUUGUAUAACAUAAUUGCCAAAUCGAAAGCUGAUCCAAGCAGAAUUAAAAUUCCUAUUUGAAUUAGUACAUGAGUCUAAAAUUUGUAACCUAAAAUAUUUUCACUGCCUUUUACAAUAUUAACACAAUAUAUGAAAGUAGUCAGGGCUCUUUGGUUGCAAAGACAUCAGCAUUUCCUGGCUAUGUUAGAAGAGAGCUGCAUUAAGGUUUACUUUACUCUUGAGUAUUUUGCUCUAGUUAUGGUAGUUAACCUCCUGGCGAGUAAAGGGUACUGACUAGUGAGCUUACUAUCAAAAGAAAAUGAAAUGAAUGCUUUUCAUUGUCCCUGUAACAUGCCAAUUGCAUAACAAAUUAAGACCAGGACUUCUCAGCUUGGCACUGGACCCCAAAUGCAGGGCAUAACAGAUUUUUAUGCAUUAAAAGAAAACAAUUAACAGGAUACAGACCAGAAUACAACAUUAGGUAAUCUAAUUCCUAACUGGAGGAAAGAUAUGGGACUUUCCAAAUUGGGAAGGGGAGAGCCAACAGGUCUAAUUCCCUGAAAUCACAAAAAGAGGUGUCCCACUCCCCCCAAAUGUCUGUUCAAUCAAAGCAACAUGGAGACAGUAACUGACUAGAACAAGGCCAGUUUUCAAAUAAGACAUAUGAUUCCUUGAGAUGUUAUUGUGAAAAAAAAACUCCUUGCAUUCAUUUUUGGAUCUGACUGAGUUUGGUCUGCAGAACCUGGGUCCUUGGUUAACAUUCUCUAAGUAACAGGUAGAAGCGGUUCAGGCUCCCAGCCACUCAGGGCUAGGUUCAAACAAUGCAAAAGGUUUUCUCACAAUUCCCAUCUUUGGAUAAUAUAUCAUUUCCUCACAGGACAGAAAGUCUUGUUUUUCCACCCCUUCCCCCCCAAGUGUCUGUUCAAACAAAGCAACGUGGAAACAGUAACUGACUAGAACAGGGCCAGUUUUCAAAUAAGACAUGUGAUUGCUUGAGAUGUAAUUGUGAAAAAAUUCCUUGCAUCAGUCUUUGGAUCUGACUGAGUUUGGUCUGCAGAACCUGGGUCCUUGGUUAACAUUCUCUAAGUAACAGGUAGAAGCGGUUCAGGCUCCCAGCCACUCGGGGCUAGGUUCAAAUAAUGCAAAAAGUUUUCUCACAAUUCCCAUCUUUGGAUAAUACAUACUUUUCUCUCAGGACAGAAAGUCCUGCUAUUCCCCACUCUUUCCUCCCAAGUGUCUGUUCAAUCAAAGCAACGUGGAAACAGUAACUGACUAGAACAGGGCCAGUUUUCAAAUAAGACAUGUGAUUGCUUGAGAUGUAAUUGUGAAAAAAUUCCUUGCAUCAGUCUUUGGAUCUGACUGAGUUUGGUCUGCAGAACCUGGGUCCUUGGUUAACAUUCUCUAAGUAACAGGUAGAAGCGGUUCAGGCUCCCAGCCACUCGGGGCUAGGUUCAAAUAAUGCAAAAAGUUUUCUCACAAUUCCCAUCUUUGGAUAAUACACAGUUUUCUCACAGGACUGAAACUUGAUUAGACCUGUAAUUGGAUAGAGAAGAAACUGAACGAUAACUCCAGAAUUGAGUCACAAGAUGGAGUCAGUGUGGUUCAAUCAAUUCCCACUUUAUUAGAGGCAUCUGUAAGCCGCCUUCAUCUUAUGGAGUGUUCGAUCUAGUAUUUCCCUUGUUUCUGUUUUACUUUUGUAAAUUGCAUCCAGGUUCCUGUUAUUUUACAAAAAAUAAAUUGUACUUUAUGCUUAAAAUCUGGAAAAACAGGAAAAUCCGUAAUAAAACAUUCCAAAUUAUC